GUAUCGUUAUAUUAUUAGACCGUUUGUAUGAAAUUUUAUUUUUUCCCCGGUCCCAAUUAAUUUUCAUUUACGCAACCGUCAAGGUCGCCGUCCUGUGACCUUGGACCAUAACUACGGUAUACCAAUCAAGUUACCACAUAUAACCCUUGGAUUUUGGCGGGAAAUCCUACCCCUACUUAACCACCAGUUUUAGCGCGCACUGAAGUGACAGACUCAGAGAGAGAGAGAGAUUCAGAGAUGGUGGGUCUACCGUACGAUCUACUGGCGAACCCAUUGGGAGCCGUCCGAUUGACGUUCGAGAAGGCGGUGGCCGCCUCGGGAUUCGAAACGGACGGGAGGGACUGGGGGGCCGUCGAUCUCUUCCGCCAGUUCCUCUUCGACCAAGGCUGCCUCUCUCAGGUCCCGAUUCUUAACGGUGACACUAUCAGAUGGUUACAGCCCAAAACUCUGGUUCGGUUCCGGGGAAUGGUACAAGACAUGUUGGGUAAUGAGUUUUAUGUCGGUGCAUAUAAGGAUGGGUCGGUAUGGCGAACCAACAAGUUUACGGAUGUUUCCCAGUUCCCUAUUGCUGCUUCCCAGUUCCCUAUUGCUGCUUCUUCAGCCAAUAUGCGAGUUUGGGAACGCCGUCUGCUUUACUGUGUUCCUGUUCCAGGGCAGAAUUCUUGGACUGAACCAUCUUCUGAAUCAGUGUUGAAUCGAUGUAUUGAUUCCACAUCCCAACAGAGAGAGAAGCGCAGGAGAGUGGAUGAUGAAGCUAUUGAUCACAUGGAUAUGCUUGUCUCUGAUGAUGGGGUUCAAGGUUCUCCUAGUACCAAAAAGAUGAAAGAGGAUGAACAACCUUCCGUGUCUUCUCAGAAUCAUGAGUCCAUAACUGAAAGCUGUCGCUCUAAUAUGAGUAUGGUACCUGCCAUUGACAGAGAUUCUCUUCCUUGCCUUGUUAAGAUAUAUGAUUCUCCGGAGUCUGACUUAAAACUGAAUGAUGUUUUUGAGUUCAUUGGAGUCCUCACUUUGGACUCAGAGCUUCAAGCAGACAAGCAUCAUGAUGAGCUCUCUAAUGGUUUUUGUGAAGAUGUCUUGGUUCAUUUGCCCCCUAACAAGGUACCACGCCUCCAUUGUCUUAUUCACAGGAAGCUUUCAGCUUCUGACUUUCUCAAUUGUUCCCCCAUGUUGGAGUCAAAGCCCAAUUUUGUCAAAGAGAUGAGGGAGGCUCUGUUGAGGCAUCUAACAGCCGUUCUUGGCAAUGAUGGUCUAGCUGCUCAUUUCAUGUUGUUGCAUCUUCUGUCCAGGGUGCAUGCUAGAGUAGACGCUGUUGCUGUGGGCAAGCUUUCACUAAAUCUCACUUGUUUAAGCAAAGAAAGUGCGUCUCUGUUUGGCAGUCAACUUAGCCUUGCUUUCAGAAACCUCUUACCUUUCACACAUAGCAUACUCCUCACGGUGGAGUAUCUUAACUCUGUAUCACUUGCACCAAAAAAGGAUUACGAGACAGACAGACUGAUAACUGGAGUUCUGCAGCUAGCUGAGGGCUCACACGUGAUCGUUGAUGAGACCCAAUUGGAAGCAGGGACCCUCAACUCUGUUGGGGUAGAAAAUGCAAGGUUAUUAAAAAAUCUGACGGAGCUGCAAAAGGUGGAAUAUGAUUUUAAGUACUAUAAAAUGGAGAUGGCAGCUGAUGUCCAAUUGCUAAAUCUUUCUGAGGGGAAAUCAAAUAUCUUGCCAGCUGAUGUAGUUAUACCUUUCCAGCCUUCUUCAGUGGGUUCAUCUGAAGUUGUGGCUGCACAAGCACUAGAAGCUUGGAGAUGGUACUUGGCUACAGUUAAAUCAUUGCCACAUUCUAUUGAUUCAGAAAUGCAGAAGGUGGUAGAAAAUGACUUGGUCGCAGCAAGGCAAGCAGACCGGAGCAUAGGGAGCCAUGAUUUUAACAGAUGGCUGACAAUGGGCCGCCUAAUGUCUCUGAGUUUCGGUGAAACCUGCCUGUCCUUGGAGCACUGGCAGAUGGUUAUGGAACUGGAGAGGCUACGUAGAGAGAGGUUUAAAUGAAGAUAUGCAAUCACUUGGUGGGAUUGGAAUGGUUUUAAACUGAUGUAUGUUAAAGCCCAGGGCUGUCAGAUUAUGUUUAGUGAAAGGUUUAUAUAUGAAAAUGUAUUUGCCAUUUAAUGGGAACAUGCUACUAUUUACAUCGUCCAA